AUGAGUCUAUCUGAUAUCGAUCUCAAUUUGAAUUUCGUUCAGAACGGCGGCGACUCAUGCUCUUCCAUUCAGCUUCAGGCAAGGCUCAGACAACAUGGGAUUCAUAUGCCCGCAAACGUAUUGUUUGCGGCCAAAUCACUUAAUUGCCUCGCCAAAGAGGGAAACAGAAUAACCCAUAGUGAAUACACGGAAACCUCAGCACAGCCUUCCCUUCGUCCUUUGAGGAGAAAGCUCUCGGCUGGUGUUCUUUCGAGCUUGAAGCGACGUGAUAAAAGCGCGGUAAUCCUAUCAACUUUCUCAACAGAGCCCCGAGGCACCAUAUAUACGAAGUAUCGAAUGACGGACAUGCAAUCAUCACUAUUACGGUCGACACAACUAGACUCGAGUCGUAACAUCAUAUCCUACGUCGAAACCCAUCGGCCUGAGAAUAUCCCGGCACUUAAAGGCGCCUGGAUGGCUGUCUUGAAGCUCGAGGAGAUCUUCAGCAUGUCCAUAGAGAUGGAUGGUUCGAACGGCUAUUUGUACAAGACAACUCAAACUUUACCAGCUUGGGAAGAAGUCACUGUGAAAACCGAAUCACUGCAUCAGCGAGAACUCACAAACAAUUCGCAAGACCCGACGAAGAUGAGUUUCAAGGUCAUAACUUUGAAACGACCGGGAUUUCCAAAUAAAAGUACCGUUAUCUGGAGAAUCCAUCACGCUUUUAUAGACGCAGCAUCGUGUGCUCUCGUACUUUCCAAGGUACAUGGACUUCUAUCAGGGAAGCCAGUCCAACCUGGUCCCCCAUUCACCGCUGUUUUAUCACAGCUAGACUCGCUUCAAUCUGGGUCAAGGGAGGCCGCCGUUGCGUUUUGGAAACGGUACAACGAAAGUCCCACGCCAGCUACGCGGCUUGUACUCCCUACCCCGUCAGUGGGCGAAGCGAGGCUUUCGGGAAUCAAUGAUCGAAUUUUGAUCAGAACCGAUAUAGCUGCGUUGAAGAAGUUGGGUAUGGAGGUAGGAGUGACAGCUGCAUCAAUCUACUACGCGGCCUUGGGUCUUGCACUGUCCAGAUAUACCGAUUCAAAUUCGGUGUGUCUUGGUGCCGUCUUUUCUGGCCGCAGUCUCCCAAUCUCGGGAGUGGAGGCCACCGUAGGACCACUGAUAAAUACUUUGCCCUUCCUCAUUCAUAUCGACCCCUCGUCCGACAUUCGCGAAUAUCUGCGCCAGGUGUUCGCGUCACUUUUGGAACUCGGCUCAUUCCAAUGGAGCAUACCAGUUCAUGGAUUUACACGCGACUUCACUGUCGCCCUCAGUGUCAACCUUGACAAGCCAGCAGCGCGAUUGGGGGAAUUUAGCCCGCUUGGUCCCCCAUACAACACAGUUUACUCCGACAUACCUCUGAGUAUCGAGGUUGAUUGGACUGGGCAAAUUUACCUUAAUUAUCAUUCAAAUACCUUCUCGAAGAAGGAUAUCGAGCAGCUCGGUGACACCCUAUCACAUACACUCUCAUCUAUUUUAGACAGCGACCUUGUAAUAAAGGUUGAGCGCUUGCUAGAUGCUUUUCUUAGCGGUCAACAACAGAUGGCACUGGCAAGGCUGGGAAAUUGGAACGGCAGCUUAACAGGGCGCGGGUCCAUAUCGGACGAUCUUGUUUCUAUGUUUACUCGAACAGCGUCGAGGAACGCGGAGCAGCAAGCUGUCGAGCAUUGUGCCAUGUCCCUGACCUAUGCAGACCUUGACAAGUUGUCGUCUCAAGCCGCAAGCGGACUCGCGGAUCUGGUAAGGCCAGGAGAUGUGGUCUGCGUCCAUGCCGACGGUUCCAUACAGUGGAUUGUCGCCAUCUUCGCUGUUCUCAAAGCAAGAGCUGUGUACUGUCCGUUUGAUUCUGGGUUGUCCCAGAGUGCCCGAGACACUAAUUUUCGAAUUGUCAAUGCCAAUAUCUAUCUGGUUGGCAACAUUGCGGGCAAAUCGACGAAACCAGCUUCUUGUACAAGGUGCUUGUCUAUUGAAGAGCUCUUAACCGAUGAACAUGUGCCUAAGACGAAUGGGAUCGGGCAACAAGCCUGUGUUCCAACCUCGAAUGCAUACAUCUGUUUCACUUCCGGCACUACAGGAAAACCAAAAGCAGUGGCAUGUCGUCAUGAAUCGCUCAUUGCUUUCCAAUCAGACAUCGACGUGAGGCUUGGCGCGCGCCCAGGGAGAAGGAUACCCCAACUGAUGUCACCAGCGUUCGAUGGAAGCAUUCACGAAAUAUUCUCCGCUUUGACAUACGGGGCGACGCUAGUUCUUAAGGAUGUAUCUCGCCCGUUCGACCACCUGAAACGAUGUGAGACAGUUCUUAUGACACCCUCAGUAGCACAGGCGCUAGACCCUGACCAUUUCCCGAAUCUUGAGAGCGUAUAUCUUGUUGGCGAAGCUGUGCCACAGAAAGUCUGCGAUGUUUGGGGAAGGCAAAAACGCCUUUUCAACAUGUAUGGCCCAACCGAGGGAACAUGUGGUGCGACGAUAAAGUCUUUAAAAGUCAAUGAGCCUGUGACUCUUGGUAAGCCUGUCCCCUCGACAAGAAUCUACAUCCUGAGCAGCCAACAACGCGCUGUUCCACCUGGAGUAGUUGGCGAAAUCUACAUCGCUGGUAUCCAAGUCGCAACAGGCUACAUUGGCCAAACCGAUGCUACUGAUAGUCGAUUCAUCCGCGACUGUAUCAAUAAACAAUAUGCCAAUGAGUUUAUGUACAAGACUGGUGAUCACGGAUUCUGGAACGAGCAAGGAGAUCUAAUGUUCCUAGGACGCGGUGAUCGGCAGAUCAAACUCAGAGGAUUCCGUAUCGACCUAGAUGACCUGGAAGCUCGCAUGACUCAGGCCGACGCCAAUUGCACAGCAGCAGCCGUUGCUGUCAUAGACGAAUGUCUCGUCGCGUUGGUUCAACCGCUAUCCCUCGACUUGAAUCAAUUCAAACUGAGACUCUGCGAGCACUUGCCGACUUAUAUGUUACCCCGUCACAUUGUAUCGACUGGCAAGUUCCCAAUGACACGUAUUGGUAAACUCGAUUAUGCGGCCGUGGCCACAAUCGCCUCAACAGAGGUAGGUGCCAAGCCAUCAUUAACUGGCGUCGGGAUCCCAGUAGAGGCUACGAUAAGGGAGAUGCUUGGAAUCCAACUCGACGAAAGAUUAAGCCCAGACUCGACCUUCUCCGAACUGGGUGUUGAUUCUACACUGGCAUUGCUCCUCUCCCAUCGCUUGUCUCGGUCAUUCAAGAUCCGCAUACCCGUGCGGAUGGUUCUCGGCACUGCAACAAUAGGGGCACUGAUAGAGGAAGUCGCGUCGUCGAGUGAUAUAUCUACCACUGCGACUGGAGAUGUGCUUGGGAAUUGUCGACUUUCCCCUAUCGAACAAGAAUGGUGGUAUAAAUGCUCCAAACACAAGAAAACCUCUUGUUUCAACGUCACCUACGCGUGCGAGCUCCCUCCCAGUAUUGGUACAACAAGGCUUAUAUCUGCGUGGAAUAUUGUCUUGUCGAGGCAUGAUAUCCUUCGCAGUAGAUACACCAAUUAUGGUCCUCGUGGUCUCCAUAGGACCUUUUCGCCGGGCGCACCAACAGCCAAACUAGUUCAGUCUAUUGAUAUUCAACAGGAGGUCAACGUUCCUUUCGACCUCUCAUCCGAUAGCCUAGUGAGAGUUCUGGUGUCUCCGACGACAAUGCUAGUUGUUAUCAGUCACAUAAUUUGUGACUUGAAAACCCUUCAAAUACUAUUGAAAGAAGCCGCCGACGUCUACGACGGUGGUGCCCUGCAGCAGGUCGAGAAAACAUACAGCCAAACCGUCUGGUCUGAGCCAGCUUCUCCAAGUCGUCUGUCAUUGUGGACGGAGUAUUUGACUGCAAUGCCCCUCCACUCGUCGACAUCGAUUGGAAGAUUUGAGACACGGAGGAAGACGUGGUCUGGGUCAUCAUACACUUAUCAGAUCCCGGCCAGCACAUACUUGGCUACUAGACGCUUCGCUUUGAAAAAAAAGGUGACGAUGCAUCAACUUGCCACGACUGCUAUGACUCUGGCUCUGAAACACGAUUCCGCCGAAGAUUGGGAUAUCACUAUUGGGGCACCCUACCUCAACCGACAUUCGGAAGUAGACAUGACAGUGGUUGGAUUAUUUCUGGAACCGCUACCGAUCCGUAUCCGUUACAUGCGUGUGACUGAACAAAGCUUGGAAGAGGUCGAGUCCCGACACAAUGCAAAUUUCGAUAACCAGCCUAUCCCCGUCAAGCCCGAACCCCCUUCUUUGCUUGAAGUAGUCCAAAAUGCUAGCCGCGACGCCAUCUCUUGCGCUAUCCCCUGGAAUCAACUUCUUACCCACAUGAAUAUCCUGCAUCCGGACUUUCCUAAUCACCCUCUAUUCGAUGUCGUCGUGACAUUUCAUGAGGCCGGAGAGAACGAGACCAGAUUCCCGGUACCUGGAACUCGGUAUUUGCCUACGUGGUCCAAGGGAGCUAAAUUCAAGCUGAUGGCGGAGUUUACUGCCAGGGAAGACAGUGGAUUGUCUCUCAGGCUGGAGUAUAGUGAUGAGUGCAUUACAGAGACGGAGAUAAAGACAUUGGCCCGUAUGCUUGACAAGGCGCUCGAAGAUUUGGCGGCGGGUACGGACCACGAUAUCAUGAUAGAAAGCCUCCAGAAGUUGCGCAGGUGCCAGUAG